AUGGAAAGGAACGACUAUCUAAAGCUGGAGAAGGCAAUAAGGGACGGAGAGAGCCUCGAGAGCCUGUCUGUCCUCAGAAUGGUGUUGGACAGCGUUGUGAACGACAUUUCGCAGUCGUGUCCCAAGGACGACCUGGAGCUCCUGUCUGAGUCUAUCCAGCACCAGAGGCACGUUUACGAAAGGGCUGUCUCCCUGUAUGAAGGAAUGCAAGCAGAGGGCACAGAAAAAGACGGGCUGAUAAGAUGCCUCGAGGACUUCAACCGGUCGCUGGAAGAGUACUAUGCAUUUUCUGGAAGGCUGAAGAGCCAGAAGGCCGGGGAGGAGGAAGGUAAGCUGUAG